AUGCUGGAGACGAUUGUCUGUUGCCUGCUAAAUUCUAUAUUUGUUAAUGUCUUAAACCUAUAUGGUGGGAAUGAGUCUGGUCCUGGCAACUGGGCGAUUCAGGAGUUAGGCGCAUGCGAUGUGGAAUACCCCAGCGACCUGUAUUUGAGCAGGCAAGAAGUUAAUAGCACUGCUGAUGUGUUUGAUGGAAUCCUGAACUUGCCUGAUGGCAUUGAUGACUCGUUUUCGGUUACUUUGAAGUAUAACAGGCUGGAUGGUGGUGCAGAUGAGAGGGCCACCAGCGAGACCUACAGUCAAUUCAUAUACAGGUACACCAAGAAUACAGAUCAAGGGCAGUGCCAUGAGGCGUCAGAAACAUACCCCUUCUACUACCCAAUACCCCCGGAUGAAUAUCAAUUCAGUGACUACGUGUACAGCUAUAAAGACUACCAGCUACCAACAGAGGGUAUAUACGGCACCUACAGGGUCAGAAGUUACCUCGUGCAAGGUCAAAACACUGUGGGGUGCACGCAAAUAACUAUCUCGUUUACAGAAUAA